AUGACAAGAAGCCAACUUAGUUCUCUUCCUGAGAAGGAAACGUCUGACCUCAGCACGUUCCUGUUCCCGCACUUGUUAACUGUGGCCAAAGCGCAUGAACCAGGGAGCGAGUACAGUAACAACCCUCGUUCCCCCACACCCCACCACAGGUCUGGGAGCGGGUCGCCGAGUCUAACUCGGUGCCGAGGUGCACCCGGGCUUCGGCGACUCAGCGGCAGCCGCCUGACACCGCCCGACCCCGAGCCCUCGGUCGCCCACCUUCUCCGUACUCCGCGCCUCCCGGCGCCCGACCCCGCGGCGUGGAGUCGGGGACGAGCAAGUCACAUCUUCUUCUCCCGCGGCUGCUCGGGCGCGCGCCAAGCGCUCCAACAAUCGCACCGACUGGAGCCGAGAGCCGGGGCCCGGGCGCCAGACGCGCGCGCGGCUCAGCGGCUCCCGCAGCGGCCGCCCGCCUCCGCCGAGCAGCCUCCCGGCGCCGCCCCAGAGACCCGGCGGCCUGCGCUCGCGUCCCGGGCGACCGGCGGGGUCUCCUCCGGUCCUGAUCGCUCGGUGCUGGGCGGCGAAAGCGAGCACGGGGGGCUCGGCCUCCCGGCCGGCGCGGUGUUCCGCUCAGCCCGCGCCGCGCGCCUCAUUAGGCGGUGGCGCAAGGGGUACAAGGUGGGCGCUCCCCGGCUGCGAGCCGUGCCCCGCUGGUGGCACAGAGUGAUCGUAGACUGGGGUGUCUCGGCGGCCUGUAAAGGCACGCCUGUCCCCGCCGCCGCUGCCAGCCAGCCCCGGUCCUCCGAGGGUCACCUGCACGGGCUCCGCCCGGCACCGCGCGCCGCAGCCGCGGGCACUCGGGCCUGGCCGACGGCGGGGAUGCACGGACUAGGUCCUGCUGUGAGCUGCGGGGCCAGGGUCAGGGCGCCUGGCUCCGCGGAAGUGAGUCUUUGUGCGCCCCGCUCCGACACACCCUCUCGCGGCGCCAAAGGCCGGGCUACCUGCACGCGAGGCAGCGCCCCGGAGCGGGCCGGGUGGGGAGCAGGGGAGCGAGCGCAGCAUCCUCCCGGCCAGCGGCUCCCUUUGUUCCACCCGCUCGGCGGCUCCGCGCCGCUGCUCGGCCCUCGCUCCCGGGAGCUCCUCGGAGGCGCUAAGGGUCGGGGUUGCAGCGGGAGUAGCCACCUGCCCCUGGGAAUUCCCUAA